AUGUACGAUAAGAAUAGGCAUUUUAGCAUUAAUUCCAUGCUCGACCAUAGAUCAAAUCACUCACAAUAUCUUGGAAACAACAUUAGGACUACAGAUAGCGGAACCAGUGAGAAUCCAUCAACAGAAAAUAAAGAAAGAACAAAGGAAUUGGAAUUUUCCAGCACAAUGAACACAACAGAAAAGAAUUACUCCGAGAAUAUUGCUAAUAUGUUAACAAACUCAAGUGCAUAUCAGCCAAUUAAUGAGAUUACGCCAGAGAGUCUUUCAGCAAGUGGAAGAAAAUCGCUAGAAUGUAAUGGAGAGACUGCAUAUGAUAGCAUAUUGGCUGAAAACGAUCUGGAUGAUAUGAUAUUAGAGCUAUUCAACCCCAACAACAUGAUAGUUGUAUAUGGUAAUAUGACAUACAUUGAUUCACCAUUUGCCCUUCAUACUCUAGCACAACUAGAUGCAUUUGCAAGAGCUUUAUGUGGAGCACUUCAUGGUAAUACAAUGAUAGAACUACAUAGCAAGCUCUUGUUGUGCCCACAAGCUAAUAACUAUGCCGAGAUGUUAUCACAAUUACAACCUCCAUCUCCUGUUGCAGAGUUGAAUUCAGAACUGAGUACGCUGCCUUAUAUUAAACAAUCUAUUAUAAAGUGGGUUGAAUCAUCUGAGAAAAAUCAAUAUUGUGCUAUAGCCAUUGGACUGUCUCAUAAAACGGUUAGUUUGGAUGAAACCAUGUCUCCUCAAUUGUAUGCAGGUCUACAAUUACUAGUCUAUGACAUUGAAAAUAAAUUCACUACAGUGGUUGAAACUGAGUAUAUCUUAAAAAAUUUCUUUGAGAAUAUUUACCCUUUUUAUCCAUUCAUGGAGCUUUGCAGCUUUAAAAGUAACCUGAAUAAAAUAUGUGAGACGAGUGAGAACGGUAGAUAUAAAUUCAAUAUCAUAUCAAAAAAUAACACACAAUCAGACUUUGAGACAUUUUGCUUGUUCAAUGUUGUGCUAGCAAUAUCUUUUAGGCAGCUAAUGGUUGAGUCAGAUGUUACUUUUCUAAAAUCUAAGGAUGUAGAGAGUGUCAUUAAAAACCUUUAUUCCAAUUCUCAAAAGCUGUUAAUAAUGUUAGACACAUAUAAAAAUACGAAUGAAUCGAGUUUCUGUUGCGAAUUGUACGCCUUCCUAUUGAGCUACCUUGAGCCAAAUGCAGAAUUGACAUGUCUGACGCAUGAAAAAAUAGGCCGACUAAAAAGUUUAAAUGAGAUUGCUCUGACUUUGGGUUUGCAUCAUAACCCAUCGAAAUACACAAGAUAUUUCAACGAAUUAGAACCUGACCCAAAAAUUUUGAAGUUUAGGAGGAAGUUGUGGCUUGGUUUAAACACGCUAAAAAUGGAAAUAUUAAUACCAAAUGGGGUGGCCAAUAGACUUGACAUAGACUAUAUGAAUGCAUUCAUAUCACCUGAAAGAAGCUUGGCAAAAAUUUUACAAAAUGAUUUUCACUCUAUUGGGGAAAUUGAUGCCAGCAUACUACAGCGCUAUGAUAAUAAAUAUCAACUGCAAUUAAUUUUAAAUGAAUUGGUUAUUAGUUGUACACCAGUUAGUAAUAAUGUCCAUUUCGGGGAAGUUGUACAAAAUCUGAAAAGAGCUAAGAAUUUUUUAAUUGCUAAUUUUUCAAUAACAGACUGUGAAAUGUUAGAAGACCAAACACUAUUAUACAAAGUAGAUCCUAACAUAGAAAUUAAUCUCAAGUCGACAAAAAAUGUAGAGUUGAUUAUUAAUUAUAUCAAUGGCUAUACGUGCAUCAUGUGUGUUUAUUUUGUCUUAGCUACGAAAUUUGAGGAAUUGAGUAGACAAGACUGGAGAAAGUAUGAAAAGUACUAUCACAAAUUUUUAAUAGAGGCGAUUGAAUCCAAUGUCAAACUGGAUACCCUAGUAAUGGGUUAUCUUGAAGGCAAAUAUGCUAAGUUCAUUGACACUAAGCAUAGAUACGUGCUAGAUAGAAUUGUAUCAAAUUUAGUGAUUAAGUUAUGGACUUUGAAAAGUUGUUUUUUGACAAGAUUUUCUUACAAACGUUAUGUCACUGAACGCUUAGAGCGCAAAUAUAGAGCAGAAAAAAUGGCAUAUCCUGAAGCAAAUCUAUUGCCAGUACUCAUUAGAAUAAUCAAUUUAUUAAAUGUCCAAAUGUACAGAUCAGUUGAACUACUCAGGUCUAAUAUAUCUGCAGAAUAUUAUACACGUUCUUAUUGUUCUCCCAUGUUUCAAUACAUCGUCAAUAUAAUUGAGAAAGGAAAACUAGUUGAAGUGGUGAAUAAGUUUUGGGAUAGAACUUUCGAAGCUGCAAAUGUGCCUUCAUUACUUUUAAAAAGUGUGAAUAUGAAGUGGGGCCUUGACAUGAAGAAUCCACAAAUAAUAAAGUACCAUUUAAUAAGCCCUGAAGGGCUACAGUGUAUGAAUAAGAAACUUCUAGAAGGUAUUGAAAAUGUAUUAAAUGUACAUUUAGUGGAUUGUCGUGACUGUGAGGCCAUAUGGGAUUCCAAUGAAGUUGCAGAUACAGCCUCCACCGAAAGUGGAAACUUUGAUCAGUUUUUUGAAACCAACUUUGAUUUAUUCUUGGGUGCUUUUAACAACUCCCUGGGGGAUUUUCCAAAAAUAACAUUUGACUAA